AUGACAAUAACCGUUGAACCCCAAAUUAUUUGGAACACUGAAAAAAUUUCUUUGAUUUUAAGAGAGGGUAUGUUUGAUUUUGCUACUGGAGCAGUUAUUAGAGAAGAUAUCCAAGUCAGUCAAAUGAUCAGUAAAGCCUUCGGCUCGAAUGGGAAUCACUUCAAUUUGGCUUUCCCAUCGAAAUUUGACGAUAUGGCCCAGCAUUUCAUAAGAAGAUUUCUCUAUACUUUAUUUUAUUUUCCUUCGGUUUCCUUAGAUACUUAUAAUAUUGACACUUUGAUCAGACCGUUCCACUUGACGAGGGUCAGUAAUUUUGGAAUCCUCGUUCUGACUGCAAUUAGCAUGGUAUCAUUUGUGUCUCUUGAGACUUUCCAGACUUUCAAAUACAUUUUGUGUUUUCAUACAGUAAAUACCGGGGUUUUUAUUGUUAGUGCAAUAUCAUGUCUUUCCUUCCUGUUAAUGAAAUUAGUAUUGGUUUCCUUUAUAGACAUCAAAUUCCCAAAUACAAAAUAUCAUAUCAUGGUUUUUUUAAGUUUAUCAGAAUUAUUUCUAUUUUUUUGUGUUUACAUUAAAUACCUCUUGAAAUUUAAAGAAAGACUUAGAUCAUUGAAAGAAGACUUUGCUAUCAAACAAAUAAUGAAAAGGUUCACACCGUCUCCCGAGAAUAUUUCAAACUCAUCCAGUAUCUAUCCUCCAAGCACCACUAAGACAAACGAGAAAAAUCAUGAUGCCGAUAUACCAAAUGAAGAGAACGUUUUCACUAUAGAUAGCGCUGUUAGUCUCGAUCCAAUGAGAAAGGAUUCUGCAGAAGCAGAUAGGCUUUUUAGCAAUCUGACCAUUAGAAGAUUUCCAAAGACAGCAAGUGUUAUUAUGCAACAAACUAAAGAAAGUACUUUUCCUAUGGAAAACCAUACAGCUCCCCCGUUUGUCAUGUCCAAGUCUGAUAGCGACCAAGUUGCAAAAACUCAAGGUGUUAAUCCGUACUCUACGCCGACAUCAUUUAUACCCCCAGUAUUACAGAAUCAAAAUCAAAAGGCUGCAUCUAUUUUUACAGAAGAAGAUAUUCAAUAA